GGCGCGGCUGGAUGCGGCAGGGGCCCCUUGGCGGCGGCCCCCGGCCCCGAGCGCCCGGAGCGCGCAGGGGCGGCGUGAGGGGACCGGGGGCGCAGCGCCCUCCAUGCGCCGAGGCGCGCCCCAAGACACGCCCCGAGGCAACCGGGGACCCGCGCCGCAGCCGCCGCCCGCGCUGAGCCCGGGCCCAGCCCGCGACAGGAGCCCGGUGGCAGCAUGAGCCAGGCCGAGCUGUCCACCUGCUCGGCGCCGCAGACGCAGCGCAUCUUCCAGGAGGCCGUGCGCAAAGGCAACACGCAGGAGCUACAGUCGCUGCUGCAGAACAUGACCAACUGCGAGUUCAACGUGAACUCGUUCGGGCCCGAGGGCCAAACAGCGCUGCACCAGUCGGUCAUUGACGGCAACCUGGAGCUGGUGAAGCUGCUGGUCAAGUUCGGCGCUGACAUCCGCCUGGCCAAUCGCGACGGCUGGAGCGCGCUGCACAUCGCCGCGUUCGGCGGCCACCAGGACAUCGUGCUGUAUCUCAUCACCAAGGCCAAGUACGCGGCCAGCAGCCGGUGAUGCCCGCCGGACCCUGGACCCCAGCCCACGUAGUCUCUGCUGUACCUUCCCGCCAACUACCUCGGUGUGCGCCAGGGUCGCCGGCCCGCGCUAAGUGCCCGCGGCUACUACGAGGACGGCCGCGAGCGUCCGCAGCCCCAGGGCCCCGCCGCUGCGCCGGCCAGCGCCUCCCCGCGGCCGUCCCGGGCAGUCGGGCAGGGCCCCAGCGCCUUCCCACGGCCCCAGCCCUCCCGCCGCCUCGCGGGUGGGGGCGGGGCGCGAGCUCCAAUCCCUUUUGAAAUUUGAGUCUCGCCUCCAGCAAGUUCGGAAUCCCGAGAUACCGGAUCCUCUGCUCCAAAUGCUUUCUCCCGAAGGUGAAAGGCGCGCGGCGGCGAUGCGGCGAACCCAGGCACCCGCCGCCGCCCGCGGGAACCCGAAGGGCCGCGCCGGGCGCUGGUGGCCGCGGAGCAGCUCCCACGAUGCCCCGUCCAGCCUGCGCGCCCGCGCGCGAGAAGGGAGACGUUCGCCGUGCCUGGUGUCCUAAACUAUUUAUCUCGUGUGUGUAUAUUUGUGGGUGAAGUUUGUGCGCCUGAGUUCUUUUUGUUGUUGUUUGGAAAAUAUUGUGCGUGGUUAUGGGGGAAGAUACAUUUUUUCUAGUCUUAAAAUUUAAAAACUUGAGUCUACCAUUUCUUGGUUGCACUGAAAAUGCCGCCUAGCCCGACGGUUUUGCCAUUGCUACUCCCCCCCCCACACACUCCGUCCUUCGCCCACUCUCCUCUUCCCCU